UUGUCUUGUCUUGGACAGGACCAACUGUUACUGUGUCUGUCUAUUUAUUUAGUUGCAGUUCCUUCCUUCCUUCCUUCCACGAAUCUAGACAAACACAAACGUCAAACUCUGUUUACCUUACUAUUUUCAAACACUUUCUUCUCUCAUUUCUCUUUUACAACAUGUGUGGAUCUACACCUUCCAACUCCAAGAUGCUAUCCCUACUCUGAAAAUGGAAAACAAGCAAAGUACCUCUGAUACACAAGACAGUUCUACGAUGAAUUUCAUUGAUCAAAGAGCACACUCUUCUAAAGGGCGCGGCGACCCAUUGAAUCGACGUCUGAAGAAUCGAGAGAGACAACGUAGAUACAGGGCACGCAAGCGUAAAGAAACUGGAACCGCAAACUCUUUUGUUGUAGAGCAGACAGCAACAGUGCCAGUGCAAGUAGAGAUACAAUCAAACGGGAAUCACAACAAUUUCGUGAUGCGCGUAUAUUGUAAUCGAGAUUGGAAAAAGGACGCAAGACAGGCUCAUCUUGCGAAGCGUCAAGAGAUGAACGGGUCUAUUGAUCAUUCCUUGACAGUGACACUAACUAAUGUACUUGAGGCGACAUGCUUAGGCGUCGGGAAUAAGUCGGAAACAAUGCUUGAUAGAGAAAUUCAAUAUGGAUCUUCUAGCGUUGUUUAUAACGAAACGCCUAGGACUGUGCUCUGUCGUAGAGAUUGGAAAGCAGAAGCUAGAAGAAAGAAAAACUAGUGAAUUUUUUUCAUUUCUUCUUUUAAAUAGUACUUUUAUCAGUGGAUUUUCUGUUGUAUAAUAAAAUUCAUAUAGUGUAAUGAAUGCUGGAACAUGUAACAUGUUACAUCAUUUGGCUGGCUUUGAAGCUAUGAGCACUGAGAAAAAAUGUGUUUGUAUCAUUUUCUACUUAAUCAUUUCAUACUUUUCAUUGUCGA